AUGGUGGACUUCCACCUCACUCAGGCCCUAACGGGUCACGGGUGCUUCCCAGAUUAUCUGCUGAGGUUUGGCAAAGCAGACUCCGAAGUAUGUUGGUUCUGUGGACAUGCAAGAGAUGAUGCAACACACACCUUAUUUGAAUGCGACGCUUGGGCAGAAAGAAGGAGGACAUGCUGUAUAAUGAUUGGUGAAGAAAUCACAGCAGAUAAUCUUGUCCAAAUUAUGUUGGACAGCGAGGAACGGUGGAACGUGAUCCACAGAUUUGUAAAGGAGGUGCUGAAAGCGAAGGAGGAGGAAGAAAGGAGAGAAAAUGAAGCGUAUAUGCAUAGUUAA